AUGUCGAAUAAUCUGAUCGCCGUUGUCCCCGUCCUCGACGGCUCGAACUGGUCGCUCUGGUCUCAACAGAUGAAGGCGUACCUCAUGUCCCAAGGCCUUUGGGGACACUGUGACGGUACAAUUAUUAUGCCUGACCCUGUUGUAACCACCUACAAGGACGGCAGCACCAGUGAAGAUACCUCUGCACGAGACGCCUGGAGACUGAAUGAUACCAAGACCAUCGGUACAAUUCGUCUUCGAUGCUCCCCUGCCGUUGCCACCCUUAUUCAAGACAAGACAACGGCUAUAGAAACCUGGAAGGAGCUCAGUUUCACGUAUGGUAUCUCAUCCCUUGCCUCCAUCUAUAAUGAGCUGCGUGGGGCCCAGACCAUCCCUAACUGUCUCCAGGGAUUAAUCUGUCUCAAUGCGCUCCCUCCUCGGUAUGACUCUGUCGUUCAAGUUUUAGUCCAGGGAUCGACAUCGACCAUGGACAUUGACAAAGUCCGGGAGGCUGUCGUCACUGCCUGGGAGCAA